CGAAAUAAAUGAAACUUGAACACUGGUCAUUCUUCACAAAGAUAAAAUUACUUUCUGUGAAUAUUUAUUAUUUGUUUUGUUGUUGCUUUUAUUUAGUAAUAUGUCGUCAAAUGAAUCAAAUAAUCUAUGCGGUCGACAAUCAAUGUACAAUGGAAUGAAUGAUAAUGAAACAUUGAACAGUUCAAAAUGUCAAGAGGAAUUAUUAUUAUCUAUACAUAAACUACCACUUUAUGAAAGACAAGGUCACAAAGAUGAUAAUGCUCGAAAUUUGAGCACAAAAUUGAAAAGGAAUAAUGCAGGGAAAGAAAGUCUCAAUACACCAUCAGAUACGCAUAGAUCUACGGUGACACAAAGAGAUAAGAUAUCAACAGAUAGAACAACAACAACAACAACAAGAACGGAUCUAGAUUGCAAGGAAGGCUUUGAUCCCCAGUGUAAUUUGACUUCUGAUCAAGAUACUAUUGAACAAACAACGUAUACAAAAGAUUUUGGGUACAAAAAAGCUCCCACUAUGAUAGCAUUAAGACCAAGGUCAACAAGACACGCAUUUGCAGCACCAACCUAUACAUCGAUCAGUACACCAAACACCUAUAGAUCGAAUACUUGUCUAGAGAUUAUCAAAUCAAUUGAUGGACCACAUCAAAGUGUAUAUUCAUCCGACUUUAUUGGCUGUUGGACACCACAACCUAUGGCAUCAAUAAGAACAGCUACAUCUAGUGGAACAAGAGCGAAUAAACCUCAUCCAAGAAAAGAUUUCCUUACAUAUCGAAAUGAUGAAAGCUAUUUGUCAUCAUCUGACAAACUGAAUUCUUCAAAUUCAACAGUUUGUGAAUCACCAACAUCAAGUGAUGAUAAACAUUUCUCACCACAUCGACAUACAGAAACAGAUUUAAUUCAAACACUGGUAUACAAUCGAUCAAAAAUUGGACAACAUUUAACCAUUGAACAAGAUGCCUUUUUAAAUCGUUUACGCUUACAAAGUACAUAUCAGAAAGAUUUCAGAGGAUUGAGUUAUCCUUAUUGUCAAUCAUAUCAGAAGCAGAAACAAGCAGAAGGCAACAGUGAUGUUAACAUUCUAUCACCAUCCAAUUAUUCUCAAGGUAAAUUAGGCACACCAAUUCAUCCACUAUCUAUAACUCAUUUACACUUUAAUAAACCUACAUGGAAAUAUAGAAAUAAUACAAGUAUGCAGGAGAAUGGAGAAGAAUUUAUGAAUGGUGUACUAAGACUGACAGUUCCAUGUACACGUUAUGGCUCAAAUGUAAACCGUCAUCGAGUUGCAAAAGGAACAAUUCCUACUGUCAUUACAACGGCCUAAAACUUCGUGGAAUAUUGCACUAAUUGAUGUUGUCCAGCAAAGUAUAGAUGUACAGAAUUCAUGUUAAAUAUUACGCCAUAUACGUGAACAAUGUUAACAAAUGUAAUACCAGAAGAUGCACAGAUGAUUCUUUUUUCCUUCACUGUAUUUUAAAUAAAAUGAAGUUACUAAAUUUU